AUGAAUCUAGUUGGACAGAAAGUCCAGUCCUCUGCAUCCACCAACAGCCUAGAAGACGACCGUCUAGGUCCAGCUUCCGAGGACCACUACAUUGCCACCUCCAGUAUCUGCACGCCUUUCGAGCACUUGCAGUUUCACCUCGACAUGACCAACGCCCAGUAUCUGAUGCCGAGCACACAUCAACAACCGAAGCGACUGCGUGUCCACGGCCUAACUCUCCCCGAUACGGCCGCUUGUGUGAGCGGCCCACAUACUGCUGCCUAUUCCCCCCCUGAGUUGGUCCCAUUCACUGUUUCGGGCAUUUCUUCAUUCAACUACCCAGCCACCGUCGACACAACCCUUCUAACACCAAUCUCUGGCUCUGAGAGCCCCCCUUUAGACCAAAUGUCGUCCCCAAAGAUGGAGCAUUACCACUCCUCUCAAUCUGCAAUGCCUCUCAAUGAGGUACCGACGCCUCCAAACACAGGAAGAUUGUAUUACAGUCCCUACAACAGUCAGGGUUCUCCUUCAAUGUCCGGUCUUCCAGCAGUAACAGAAGCCCAUCAAUACGAUCAGUCAUCGGCAUACAUGGCCCCCAACGCCCACCAUGCAACGUCUCCCAAAGCCGAAUUCCCACAGGGGCCUGCAGACCUUUACUUUGGUUCCUAUAGCGUUUCUACCUCUCACGAUGGUGAGGUAUCGCACCACCCUUUUCCGGAAUAUCAUCAUUUCCCCAGCGUCGACGUAGAUGCCUCGUCUGAAUAUCUGUAUAGAACGCAACAACCUCACCUGACUGUCCAUGGAUCUCCAAUGCACCAUCGGAUGGCCUCCAACGGUCAAGCGCCUCUCCUCACCCAUCCCAAUCCUACCCAGUACAGACCACAGUCAACCCCAAAGAUUGUUGGUUUUGAGGAAUUGCGCGGCGAUCCCGCCCUGUUCUUACCAUUAUAUCCUGCCCACACACCAACCAUUGCUCCAUCAAAGCGAAAGCGACAGGAGAAGAGCAAGAGCUCCAAACCUGGUAAAACAUCAUCUAUAUCAAAGGAGUCGCCACAUCCAGGGUACAUAGAUGGACCUGCUGCUAAUCAAGAUGAGAAGGGUGUUGAGGAGGAGCUUACCCUCCAUGAUGACGCACCGGACGACGAUAAGUUCUUGUUCCAGCUCAGAAAGGAGCAUAUUUCCGAGAAGGGGAAGGGGAUGUGGGAAGAAAUGAAGGCCAAGUACUCAGAGAAGCAUCAGGGUAACUGGGAAAAGGCGGCACUGCAAAUGAAGGUAUCGCGCGCAGUAGCCAAAUUUGGUGUAUGGCCCGAACAAGAGAUCCAACGUUUGAAAGAAGCAUUCUUUCAAGACGAAGAGAAGAGAUACCAACGCCUCAUAGCCCACAUGAAGGAGAAGGGCGGAUGCAAGGUCUGGGACUGGAAGCCUCAACAUAUUUCGGCCAUGCUUAUCAAGUUGGGCCUUGAGGAUGCCAAAGUAGAAGAAAAGACAAGAAUCCGGCGGCGCAAGAAGUUGGAAAAGCGGAAGCAUACAAGCCCGGCAUUGCAUGGCGGGACUGCCUACUCUACGCCACAUUUUCAGCAUCAAAACAUGGUAGCUGGCUGGUCCGAAGGAUCGGUUGGUCUUGGUCUCCGCCAUGUCUUUCCCGACAAUCAUUCCCAGCAGCAACCCCUGAUGAACACGAUAUCGACCAGUCAACAACCCUCUCAUGGGCAAUCUUUCUACGAGUUGACGAGCGACGAAAAGUUUCCCCAACUGACUUCCGAACAGCUCUACGAAACUAUUGACCAGAUGUACAACGUUGCUGAAGACGAGAUGUCGAGUCCUGCUUUCACAGACGUAGCAGAUAGCGAUGAGAGAGCGGGCAAUGCUGCUACUAGCAGCGCUCACACUUCACGGCCGCCGACGAGAGAUGCGCUGAACGUUUACCGAAAACCCUCUACCGCGAAGUUGGCACAACAGGCGUGCGAGCAGCUGCUGCAAGGACGGCAACAAUAG